CGUUUUUUUCCAAGGUUGUGCUUUUGGUUACUUACGGUAAGAUGGACCCGCAGUGUCCACUAAAGGAUCAGGUGAUCCACUAACUACGAAGCGAAGGCUGACUGGGGAAAAUGCAAAAUGACAUAUAGCAAAUGUCGGAGCAUAAUUCAUUCACAUUUUCGGCUCAAUUUUGGACUUAAAUCGCACCGCUGGAGCUCCAACGUAACGAUGGCUCGUUAGAGCUGGUGGCGCAACUGCGAUUUUUUUGAUAUUUUAAUUUAUGAGAAAUCACAUUCACAGACAAAUAUUGGUUUCAACAUGGGGCUGUGCUACAGUUUGCGUCCCCGGCUCUUCGGGGACCUGAGCGGGUCUAUCUCCAACGCUACCUCGGACUCGGAUCAGCCUCCGGACGCCGCCGUGCCGACCCGCGCCGUGGGAGCUCGCCAGGAGGACACCGGGGGAUGCGGGGAGACUUCGUCGCUACGCGGCGGCGGCGGCCCGGUGCGCCCCGGGGACCCUGCCAGGCUCCCGGCCGGGGAGCACCGCCGUGGAGACACCGGUACCGACGGUGUGCUCAUACAAAACGGAGGUGGCGGCGGCGGAGGAGGAGGUGGUGGUGGCGGUGGCGGAGGCAGCGGCAAGGGGACAGGAAAGGACCGCGGCCGACGCUUACAGCUGCUGCAAAAGACUAGCACCCAAAAGCAGAAAAACUGGGACAAAUUGCUGGUGGAGGAGAAGGAGGCCGAGAAGGAGGCGAAGAAAGUCAGUAAGAAUAUUGACAGGGCGCUGAAGGAGCUCAAACGGGAGUACAAACAGACGCAUCGGCUGCUGCUGCUCGGUGCGGGAGAGUCCGGAAAAAGCACCAUUGUGAAGCAGAUGAGGAUCCUACACGUCAACGGCUUCAACGCGGAAGAAAAGAAACAGAAAAUCCAAGAUAUUCGGAAAAACGUGAAGGAUGCCAUAGUGACUAUAGUGUCUGCGAUGAGCACUUUAAUACCCCCAGUCCCGCUAGCCAACCCAGAGGACCAAUUCAGAAUCGAAUACAUCAAAAGCAUAGCACCCCUCUCCGACUUUGACUACUCACAGGAGUUCUUUGAUCACGCAAAGAAGCUGUGGGACGACGAAGGAGUGAAGGCAUGCUUUGAGAGGUCCAAUGAGUACCAGCUCAUCGACUGUGCACAAUAUUUCCUGGACAGAAUUGACUCUGUAAGACAGAACGACUACACACCAACGGACCAGGACCUGCUACGCUGCCGAGUGUUAACUUCAGGGAUUUUCGAGACGAGGUUCCAAGUAGACAAAGUCAACUUUCACAUGUUUGAUGUUGGAGGCCAGAGAGAUGAAAGGAGAAAAUGGAUCCAGUGCUUUAACGACGUCACUGCUAUCAUCUUCGUGGUGGCCAGCAGCAGCUACAACAUGGUAAUAAGGGAAGACAAUAACACCAACAGGCUACGGGAAGCCCUGGACCUCUUCCGCAGUAUUUGGAACAACAGAUGGUUACGCACUAUAUCGGUCAUAUUAUUCCUGAACAAGCAGGACAUGCUGGCUGAGAAAGUAUUAGCUGGAAAAUCCAAAAUUGAAGACUACUUCCCCGAAUAUGCUCGCUACACCAUACCAAAUGAAGCAACUCCUGAACCUGGUGAGGACCCAAGAGUGACGAGAGCUAAGUUCUUCAUCCGAGACGAGUUUCUUCGGAUCAGCACUGCGAGUGGCGACGGCAGACAUUACUGCUACCCGCACUUCACCUGCGCCGUGGACACAGAGAACAUCCGGCGGGUGUUCAACGACUGCCGGGACAUCAUCCAGAGAAUGCACCUGCGGCAGUACGAACUCUUGUGAUGGGAGACCGCCUCCGUCAGCCUUCUGUGUUUCUCUCCACCAUUCUGCAUCCUUGACGAACCCUUCCUCCUCCUCCUCCUCCUCCUCUUCCUCCACCUUACCUUCCUCCUCACCCCUCCUCCCUCAAAGAAACCCUCAACGACCCCCUGACCACCCCUCCUGUCGAGGACUAUGAAGUACUACUGAAGUGUGUCAAAUCCUCUUCCUCUUCUUAACUUCUUAGCUUUUUGUACUUCUUUUUUUUUCUCUCUCUUUUGAGACCGAUUCAUCCCCAUUUCACCGAUGUGAAAGGAAGGUUGGGGAACAAAGUUGUUGCGUGCCGCUUGUUGUUUUUUUUCUUCUUUUUUUAAUCCUUCCUUUUGAAUGCCUUGAUUUUUGUCAUUCCACUAAGCCUUGGGCUACCUCUUUUUUUUUUUUUUUUUUCUUUUUCUUUUUUUUUUCUUUUUUGCCCCUUUGUGUCCUUCUAUUUUUGGGCUUUUUGUCAUUGGACCUGGACUAGUGGGUGUGGAAACAUAAAAACACAUCUACAGGACCUCAGUGUAGAGGCAGUGUGUGUGUGUUAACGUGUGUGUGUAAUGAAGACGAGGAGGAAUGCCAUGUGAACGAGCGCAUGUGUGUUUAUGUUUGUGUGCCAGUUAAAUCAGGCGUCACCACCAUGGCCCCCUAUUUUUUUUUUUGUUGUUUUUUUUUUUUUUGCCCCAUCACCCCCUCUGACCUGCUUCUUCUCUCCGCGUGAAAGACGACUGGACGCCGGCGGAGAGGAGUGGACGGAGGGGAGCCGAGAGUGGAUGAAGAGAUAAAUGCACUUUGCAUCAGGUUCCUUAAUUUUUUUUUUUCGUUUGUUUGUUGUUGUUGUUGUUUUUUCUCCAGAGGAAGCAUACACACAAUGUAGCAUCACAAUAUUUAUUACCCUGUCACGAUGUUAGCUUGCCGAGCUGCAGGGUGCACCGAGCAGCCGAGAGACAUGUGGAGCGAAAGAUUUAAAAAAAGUAGGAGGAGGGCAGGAAAUACACGAAGAAGGAUUUAAAUGAAGGAAAAGGGACUGAGCUCUCUGCACCUUAGCCCUGCUGCCUCCACGGACUCGGACCUGCCUCCUUUUUCCACACAAACCAUCCUUUUAGCUUAGAGAUACUGAUGGGAGGGGAGGGUGGGGCGGGUGGAGGAGGGGAGGGGGAACGGGAGAGAAAAAUGUAUUGUUCUCUUUCUUUUUUUUUGUUAACUUGUACACUGUGCAAGGUUGAAUUAUCCUGUACAGACUGUAAAAUGUAAUAUUAUUUUGUACAACUUAAUUGAAAGAAAAACAAAUCUACUUGUAGAUCUUUGUGCCUUGAUUAUGGCUGUACCUGUAAAUGAGCUCAGAUGUAAGUAUGUUUUCGACUGCGCUGUACAGCUUGAUGUCAAUCUCUAUCAGCAGCGGAAGACUGCGGGUAGGGGACUUUCUCUGUAGAGUUUAGUUUUUUCUGGUUUAUAAAAAAAAGGAAAUGCUGUUUAGUAAAAAAUAAAAAAUAGGGAAAAAAUCCUAAAAACCUGUAUACAUUAUGCAAAUUAACCACUUACCUGCAGUGAAGACCAGAUGUUGCAGCGCCAUGCCUUUUUUUUUCGUCUUCUUCUUUUUUUUCUUUUUGUUGGUUUUCUUUUUCCUCCUUUUUUUUCUUUUUUUUUUUUCUUUUUUUAAAGAAAAAAACUUUUUAUUUCUUUUAAAUUUCACAGCUUUAAACAAACAUUGGAAAUCCAUUGAAAGUGUCCAAAUUGCAACCUGGUGUUGUUUUAAUAGGAACCAACGUUUUUUCGAUAUGAAGUGUGUCUGAGAUCUGUACUGAUGUGCGUGCCUGUGCGCAUGUGUACAUAAAACAAACAUAGACUCACAGACGCAUCGUGUGUGUGUGCGUGUGUGUGUGCGCGUGUGUGUGAGGGCGAAUGUGCAUUGUGUGUAAAAUUUUAUAAAUGUAUGUACAUGUAAAUUUAUAGGUCUAUAUAAAUAUAUAUGUACAAUUAUACAUGUUUAAUUAUGUGUGUGCCUAGGUGUACAUACCUAUGUAUGUAUACGGUAAAUAUGUAUACAUACACACAUAGGAAAGCAUGUUUAGAAUGGAGAUGAAUAAAUGAGAGCGUGCAAUAUUAGUAAUUCUUUGGUCCUUUGGAGCCAUACCCGAUGGCACAGGCACUAUGAAUGUGUGAGCAGCACCCAACAAGACAAGCUCGUCUCCUUGUACAAACAGCAUCAGCCUUUUCUUCUGCUACAGUACACGUCUAUCCCCAAAAGAGAGUGAACUGACUGGAGGUGCAAAAACCUUGUUUGGCCUGGGAGGAUGAUUAAAUGACAUUUUUAUUUUCUUUAAAUAAAGAGGCACAUUAGAGGACUUUGCUUUA